CAGGAAGAACAAUGGAGGGGCCCUCAGUGAAGAGUUGUGUGGAGGUGUCCAUGUGAAAAGGAGAUGAUCUGGAAUGCUGAAGCACUCUGAACCAAAAUGGGCUUGCGACUGUUGGGUUAUCUCUUUAAUUUACCUACUGCUGUCAUCUAUGGAUCCUUGUCACUCUUUGUUUCCAUUUUGCAUAAUGUAUUUCUCCUAUAUUACGUGGACACCUUUGUUUCUGUUUACAAAAUCGAUAAACUGUCCUUUUGGAUUGGAGAGACAGUGUUUCUAAUUUGGAACAGUCUCAAUGACCCUCUCUUCGGCUGGUUGAGUGACCGGGUAUUUCUUAGCACACAGCAGUCAGGGGUGAAGAUCUCCUCACCAGACGUCAUUCUUAAGAGACUUAAGGCACUGAGCCGAAAUGGGCCUCUUUUUGCCUUCUCUUUCCUGGCUUUCUGGGUUUCCUGGGCCCAUCCAGGUCUACAGUUCCUCCUCUGCCUCUGCCUCUAUGACAGCUUUCUUACCAUGGUGGAUCUCAACCAUAAUGCCUUGCUUGCAGACCUGGCUGUUUCUGCAAAAGACAGGACUAGCCUAAAUUUCUACUGCUCGCUUUUUAGUGCCAUCGGUUCCCUCUCUGUCUUCAUGUCCUAUGCAGUGUGGAACAAAGAAGACUUCUUUUCUUUCCGGAUAUUUUGUGUGGUGCUGGCUCUUUGCUCUGUUGCUGGAUUUACUCUGGCAACAUGGCUGCUACGACAACGAUUUGAGACUGAAGAGAAAGUGAAAUGGGACCAAGAGUCAACUUUAAAAGAAUUGUACAUUGAGCAACCAUCUGCCCCUCUGGAGAAAAGAAUAACGCUGGGAGAAUACCUCAAACAGCUGUCCCGGCACCGCAACUUCCUCUGGUUCGUGUGUAUGAACCUAGUGCAGGUGUUUCACUGCCACUUUAACAGCAACUUCUUCCCUCUCUUCCUGGAGCACUUGCUGGCAGAUCGGAUUUCUCUCUCUACAGGGUCCUUCCUACUAGGUGUCUCCUACAUCGCCCCUCAUCUCAACAACCUCUAUUUUCUGUCGCUCUGUCAAAGAUGUGGGGUUUACGCAGUGGUACGAGGGCUCUUCUUCCUGAAGCUGGCUCUCAGCACCCUCAUGCUCCUCGCUGGACCCGACCAGGUGCAUCUGCUCUGCAUCUUCAUAGCCAGUAACCGGGUGUUCACAGAGGGGACCUGCAAGCUGCUGACCCUGGUGGUCACUGACCUGGUGGACGAGGAUUUUGUCUUGAACCGCAGGAAGCAGGCUGCAUCAGCGCUGUUGUUUGGGAUGGUUGCCUUGGUAACCAAGCCAGGUCAGACCUUUGCCCCCUUGAUUGGCACCUGGCUGCUCUGUGCUUAUACAGGUUAUGACAUUUUCCAGCGGGCUCCUCUGAGCAACAUGGUGAGUGCCCAGCCAAAGCUGGAGUCCGACACGGCCUGGGAACCAACGCUGCGCCAGGGCUGCUUUUACCUGCUCGUCUUCGUCCCCAUCACGUGUGCACUGCUGCAGCUACUCAGCUGGUCUCAGUUCAGCCUGCAUGGACGGCACCUCCAGAUGGUCAAAUCCCAGCGCCAGAGCCUGACUCAGAGUCGCUCGCCAGAGAUCAAAAUGAUCUAGCUGGACCUGAGCCCUUCGGCUCUCGCUGGUCGCACCUCCGCUGUGCAGGCUGAGCAAGGGCAGUGCUGGUUAGGAAUGGAAAGUGUUUACAGUUCAACUGUGAAAUGAUCACAAGGAGGCAGACAGGAACUCCAGAGACGGGGCUGACUGGUGUGUGCACAGAGCAGUGGGGGCUGGCCAGGGGUAUUUGCUCAGGCAGUCAGAGUUCUUGCACUCUUUGCAUCCAGCCCCUACUGCGGUGCUGCUGAUCCCAGGGGAGGGUGAGUGACAAGCAUAGAGUGAAGGAGACAGACAUUCUCUCUCAGUCUCUAGUGCAGUAGCUCAUCCUCUGGGGCAUUGGGGGGGCAGGCAGAUGCUGUUGGGCCAGCCCAGAGGUGGUUUUGUGCAGUGCCAUCCAGGAAACCUGGGCUCAGGCCAUGUCUGCCCCAGAAACUUCACCAGGAUGCUAGUUAAGGGGUGACGGACUUUGCUGGCAAGUCCCAGUGUAGUUGGUUACGCUGGCACAAUAAAGCUUUUGUGGAUAACGCUUGUUAGAUUCAGGGACCUAGCUUAAGCCAUACAAGCCAAAGCCCCCUUGUGUUGCAGUAAACUGCCUCUCUACACGGCUCUUCCUGCAGCCCUUUCCAGUGGGGACCAGGCCUCGUUUCCUGCCCUGCUCUAGCUUCCUGGUGUUGCAGAGGCAUCAUGGUCCUCUCCUUCGUGAGGAGGAUGGUCAAUUUACCCAGGCCCUGCAGCCAGCGAGGGGGCUGCAUUGACAUUUUCCUGGGGGCGGGCUCUGGAGCUGGAGGGAGAUUACAGGACAGGAAAAGCUGGAAUGGGAGACUCUUCUAGAUGUUUGGGAUUUGCGACUCUUCCGUGCAGCUACCCCCUACUAACGUAAUAACACCUUACACCGAAUUCCCUGCAGAGAAGUGACACGCUUCUUGGAUCUAACCUGUUCUGUGGGGUUCAGGACAAGCCUGUUCCUUGGAAGUGUUUAGUGGGAAGCAGAGAUCUUUUAGCAAGACCAGCACCCGUCUUGCAGCUGCAGAAGUGUCUCUCCUGCGAUGCUGCUGACACUCCUUGAAGUCAUUCAGCAGCCCCGAAGAGGAUGGUGCACUUGCCCAUGGAGCUGGGAGCCCAUGAGGGGGAAACUUUACCUAGAAUCCCCAUGCGAAUUGCUUUCACGCAACCGGCAGAGGCUUGUGUGACCAUGAUGCCAGAUUCCUUGCAGUGAACAGGCAGGGCGAGGGAGAGCCCAGAUUCCCCGAGUUACUGCCUUUCAUCUGGGAGUUGCUUAUCUGCUUCUUUCUCGAAGUAAAACCUCACAAGUGACCCACGGUUCCUGAAGCCCAUUUUAAGCAGAGCUUGGGGCCUCUUGGUGUGGGGAGGGGGCCUCUAGAGCCACCCCACCCCAAAGGAAGUUGAUACAGCAAGACCAGCAUUGUUGGGGAUUCCCUGUGAGAUUGCAGAGCAUUGUAACCCAUUCUCUUUGCAGCCCGUCAGUAAAACGGAGCACGGUCUUACCACACAAGCCCUGUGCUCACACAAGCAUUCCUUGGGAAGCCCAACUCUGCCCUGCUACUGGGCUCUCUCAGACUUAAUUCUCCUUUUCCACCAUUAGCGAAAUUCAGGCCCCACUGAUGUUUCUGGUAAAACUCCCAGGCCUUGUCUACACUGCAGGGUUUUUGAGCAAGAAGCUUUUUGCGGACGAUAUCUUGCACAAAAGUGUAUCCGCACCUCAAAAGCACAUUGCAAAAGCGCAUCCACACUGCAUGGAUGCUCUUGCGCAAGAAAGCUCGGAUUGCUAUUAAUAGAAUGUCCAUCGGAGCACCUGUGCUUUGUGCGCAAGAAACCCCUGCGGCGCAUCCACACAUGCCUUUUUGCACAAGAGCUGUAGCGCAAAAAGGAGUUGUUCCUCGUGGGAAGAGGAAUAACUCUACUGGCAAAAGCCCUCUGUCCUGUUGAUUUACUGUGGGGGUUUUUUGGUGCAAAAACGUGCUUGAAGUGUGGACGCUCCACUGGUUUUUGCACAAAAACCUUGUAGUGUAGACAUAGCCCCGCUAGCUGCCGUGGCGGCAGGUUUCCUCCAUCUGUGUAACUAGACACUAGUUUUGCAUUAUCAACUUGUCUACAUGCUGCGAAUUCUGAGCCGCAGCUAAACCAGUGAGACUGGCAGCUCUGAACUGUCUGGACUUUUCCUGCCUUGUGUUAAAUCACGUCCUAGUGGUUGACUGACUACCUCAGCAGCCAAAUGGAAGUUCUGGAUCAAGACGGCACGAGAGAUUGAAAUCGACGAAAGGCCUUGAUCAGGGUGGAUCCAGAGCAAACCCGCAUUUGUAGCUAGCACUGUUCUGAGACCGGCUGUAUGCAGAGGCCGCUGAUCUGUGAAAUCCCCCUAACUGGUUUGUCUUGGAAUGAAUGGUUUACACUGAGUCUGUGUUUGUUUGAGGUGGCAAAACUGGAUUGUGACCAAGAUGCAUUGUCAAAGCAUUUGUGGAGUUGGUUUGUUUUGGCUGGAGGUGGACAUGCCCACCUGCUCUGUCAGCUGCAGGAGAACAAGGAAAGCUUCUGGAGCAUGUAAAGGCCAAACUCUCCCAUCAUUUAUGUGCUGUGCACCCAGUUACACACCAGCAAGAUGGCUCGGUUGGGGCUUCCUCUUGUUCUGCUGUGAAGGGUGGAGCCAGCCAAACUGCCAUUUCACCUCAGGUCUGACCAAGGUGUAACACAGCUCUGAUAGCUACUGCCUGGCAAUGUCUGUACCUUUUGAUGGAUAAAUCAUAACUUAUUUAUGUAAUUUUUAACAAACUUUGACAUUCAUUUCCUAACGAGUUGAUUAAAAACUACCUCUUC